UAUAAAUUCACACAAAUUUUCCUCUGAUUCACCAUUUGCGAAUUUUUCUCUUGUCUUCCUUCCCUGUUCAGGCGGGUGCUUGGUUUUUCUUUUUCGAAAACCGAGCUCCGCCGGCUGAAACUUUGCAAAGAUCAAUUCUUGGAAGAGGAAAAAGAAUCUGAAGAAAAAGUAAAGAACAAUGGAAAAUCGAAACCUCAAUGCCAGUGUUCCAUACCAUAAUCCUACAGCCGAUGAUCAACCUAGUACAGAACAAAUUUUAAAGUUUGACGACGAGGGUCCUCCUUCUCUGCAGGGUUUCAAUCAGUACCCGGAAAUUCCACGGCCGAUUUCGAGUAAUCUUGUGCCCGUUUCAAGUCAAAGUAUGAUGCCCUGUUCCAGUAACUCUGUGCUCUGUUCCAAUGCUAGUACUACCAAUAUGAAAUGUGAUAAUGCCAUUCCUCAAUCCCUGGAAGAUGUUGAUGAUCUUUUCGUUGAUGGGAUCUCUUUUGACCCGAGUGAUCCGAUGUCGGAUCCGUUUUUCUGGGAAGCUUUUGAUGAUUCUGCUAUUACCGGUACUGACGGGGGGCCGUUUCCCGGUGGUGGUGCCGAUGGCGGCGGCGGUGGUGGUGGAAAUUAUAAUGACAACAAUCCUCAAAGUAAUAAUGAUUUUGGGAACCCAGUUUCAAUUCCUUGUUGGCCUAUGCUUCCAUCCGCUUACACCUGUUCUGCUUGCCAUACACUCAGAGAAAUCAUUCAUACUAACGGGGAAAAAAUAUCGAAUCUUGAAAUCCAUGGACGAUUAGGGGUCAUUACUCAUGCAAUUCUCGAUAUGCAUGAUUUUGAUUUUUCCACUCCAAAUCAUACGUAUCAAAUGUACGACUUCUGCAAGGAAAGCAUAGGCAACAUACAGAAUUUCUUGAUCAUGUACUGUGAAUUUCGGAAGUUGGAAGGUUACAUUAUGGUAGAGGAUCCGCUAUCAUUCUUCUACAAGGCAUUAUGUGUUGGUAUGUAUGGAAUAGACAACCCACAAUAUUCAUUUCAACAACCAACUCCAAUGGCUACUGGCAAUGACACGAUGCCACGAGGCCCACGACAAGAAGCCGCGCCAAGUCAGCAUAAUCCGAUCAGCAGCAACACCGCGGAAAAUGGAAGCGAAAAUCGCCAGCAAAAUCCAAGACAAGAGAUUGGAGAGAGUAGCAGAGGAGGAGGAGGAGAACGCCUUAAGACCAAACUCGCAUUGCAGAGGGAAAGAACACGCAAGAUGAAGGCGAAAGAUUUCGCGAAAUAUUUUCAUCUUCCCAUAAAUGAGGCUGCGGAGCUGAUGAAGGUGUGUCCUACUGUGAUCAAGAAGAAAUGUAGAGCUGCUGGAUUGCGGAGAUGGCCAUUCAGAACCAUUAAAGGAAUCAGGACUAAGAUUCUAACCAAGAACCAGGAAUUAAGCAAUGCCAGUAAUUCUAGAGAAAGGGAUCGCAUUUUGGCAGAAAAGAAAGUGAUUGUACAAGGAUUGGUUAACUUCUAUUUGCGAUACACUGGUGAGGAACCCAGUAGAGAUGUGUUGUUAAUGGAGGAAUGACCAAAUCGAUUUUUUUUUUUUUUGUUUAUUUAUUUUAUUGUGUGGGGGGUUGAUAGUAGAAAAGGACAAUGGUCCUUUUUUCUGCCCUUUGUUUACCUCUUAAAAGGCAAGAAUGGAAUGGUGUAUGUUGAUAUGGCAAUUUGAUUAUAAAGUGUUG